AUGAGUAACUGUAGCAGCCGUGCCCUGACCCUGCUGUCUAGCGUUUUUGGAGCGUGCGGGCUGCUCCUGGUAGGAAUCGCUGUCAGCACUGACUACUGGCUGUUCAUGGAGGAAGGGAUCGUGUUUCCGCAGAACCAGACCACUGAGAUUGUCAUGGCACUCCACGCUGGCCUCUGGAGGGUCUGCUUCUUUGCAGGUCAGAAAAAAGGUAGCUGCGUCGCUUCUGAAUACUUCCUAGAGCCUCGGCCUGACCCUGACCCUGAGGGUCCCCUGGUUACAGAGAACACAGAAAACAUCCUCAAAACCAUCCGCACAGCUACUCCUUUCCCCAUGGUCAGCCUCUUCCUCGUCUUCACUGCGUUUGUCAUUAGCAACAUUGGACAUAUCCGGCCACAAAGGACCAUCCUGGCUUUCGUUUCCGGAAUCUUCUUCAUUCUCUCUGGGCUCUCUCUUGUGGUCGGCUUGGUUCUCUAUAUCUCCAGCAUCAACGAUGAGGUGAUGAACCGUCCCAGCGGCUCAGAGCAAUACUUCCAGUACCGCUAUGGAUGGUCUUUCGCCUUUGCUGCUUCUUCCUUCUUGCUUAAAGAGGGUGCAGGCGUGAUGUCUGUCUACCUUUUCACCAAACGCUACGCCGAGGAGGAAAUGUACCGUCCCCACCCCGCUUUCUACCGCCCACGCCUGAGCGACUGUUCUGACUACUCGGGCCAGUUCUUGCACCCUGAGGUGUGGCAUCGUGGACGCAGCCCCUCGGACAUCUCCAGUGACGUUUCCAUCCAGAUGACACAGAACUACCCACCAGCCAUCAAGUACCCUGAACAUAUGCACAUAUCCACCUCACCUUGCUAA